UAGAGUUUUGCAUAAAUUUCACGGGGAGACCUUGUAGGAGAGGACCCUCUCCCUCGCUUCUUCCAUCUUUUGAGGUGAUGGCGCAGAGACUGAGGUUCUCGGGGAAGUCGAUUUUGCGAGCAUUGAAUUCGAAUUAUCGGGGCGGUGGCCCCGCCGAAGGCCAUCCCCUUUUCCGUGCCCUCGCGCCAGCCAAUCUGAAAAGGAAGGCCUCCAGUUCAUUUUCAGCGAUUCAGGACGCCUUUUCCUCCACUAAGGAAGUCUUUGAGAGCCAUCGAGUUGUUUUCACUAUUGGUACAUCAGUAGCAUCAAUAUUGACUGCAUGGGCAGGUUAUUCUUUGCGCCAGUACCAUCAAUCGAAUGUUGAAAGGAGGCUAGAGUCAAUUGAAAAAGCUAUGAUAAAAAGCUAUAAUGUUGAACGCGAAGAAGUCAGAAGGAUUGUCAAUGCUGACAAUGUGAGCUCGACUGCUUUCAUGGUCACUGGCGGGACUUCCUUGAUUGUUGGAUUUGGGCUUGGUUGGCGAGGUGGCUUUUGGUUUGCCAACAGAAAAUUUAGAAGGGAGCAGCUCAAACUAAUGGGCCAACUGAAACCUCGUGGAUGGUCAAGUUUAAGUAGUCAAUUUGUAAGGUUCAGAAAAAGUCGCUCCCCCAACAAAACUGCCGAGCUCCCUGCAAAUUCUUCUUCAAACUCUGUUCCAAGCUCAAAUAAUCUUCCUAAUUUUGUGAAAUAGGUUCUUACUUGUUUCUAUUGUAAAGAUAUAAGAGGAAAAUGUUUAUGCAAUUUUUUAGAUCAUGCGCCAAUGAGCGCCUUCCCAUUGAAGGAUUGGAAAGGGGAAUCAUAGCUCAAGAAAUGAUAUAGAUGUGUGUUUUUCUUCAAUUAAUAAAUCAUAUGUUUUCAAUGAUAUGGUUGCCUAAUGCAAAUUAGUUGAUGUUUCUUAAAAGUUUAUCAGCUUUUGUCAAUAAAAU